AUGCAUCCGCUGCUCGGAUGUGGGCCAAAGGCCUUUGUCACUUCCGGACUUCCGUCAGCGAGGUACUUUCCCCGCGGGCGGGAAAGUGGGCUAGUGGCGGGGAAACGGAGGGACUCUUCCUGGCGCCAGGGUCACCUUCUCUCGCAUCGCACUAAUCUUCGCCUGCCCAGCGAUCACUUUCGCUCACCGUGUUAUUUUCUAUCUCGUCCACGAAGGCUAUAA